UUUUUUUUUCCUCCCUUUUGAAUCUUCACUCAUUCUCUCUUUCCCUCAUCCCUCUCUCACGUAGCUCCUUCACCCGCUGAACUAGAUACGACCAUGGUUAACUUUACUAUCGACCAAAUUCGCGCCUUGAUGGACAAGGUUACGAACGUUCGUAACAUGUCUGUCAUUGCUCACGUCGAUCACGGAAAGUCGACCUUGACAGAUUCCCUUGUCUCCAUGGCUGGUAUUAUCUCUUCUGCUCGUGCUGGUGAGGCCCGUUUCACAGAUACCCGUCAGGACGAGCAGGAUCGUGGUAUCACCAUCAAAUCCACUGCCAUUUCCCUGUUCUUUGAGAUGUCAGAAGAUGAUGUCACAGAUAUCAAGCAGAAGACUGAUGGAAGGGAGUUCUUGAUUAAUUUGAUCGAUUCACCUGGACACGUCGACUUUUCAUCUGAGGUUACUGCUGCUCUCCGUGUCACUGAUGGUGCCCUCGUUGUCGUCGACUGCGUUGAUGGUGUCUGUGUCCAGACCGAAACCGUCUUGCGCCAGGCUUUGGGUGAACGUAUCAAGCCUGUUGUCGUCAUUAACAAAGUCGAUCGUGCCCUCCUCGAGUUGCAGGUCACCAAGGAGGAUUUGUACCAGUCAUUCUCUCGUACCAUCGAGUCCGUUAACGUCAUCAUUGCCACCUACAAGGAUGAAGUCCUUGGUGAUGUCCAGGUCUACCCCGAGCAAGGUACCGUCGCCUUCGCCUCUGGUCUUCACGGAUGGGCCUUCACGAUCCGUCAAUUUGCUCAACGCUAUGCUAAGAAGUUCGGUGUCGAUCGUCAAAAGAUGAUGACCAAACUUUGGGGUGAGAACUACUUCAACCCAAAGACCAAGAAGUGGACCACCAAGAAUAUCGAUGCAGAGGGUAACCGCUUGGAUCGUGCCUUCAACACCUUUGUCCUUGACCCCAUCUUCCGCAUUUUCGAUACUACCAUGAACAAGAAGAAGGAGGACGUCUGGGCACUAGUGGAGAAGCUCGACAUCACUCUCAAGACUGAUGAAAAAGAACUCGAUGGCAAGCAGUUGCUCAAGACUAUUAUGAAGAAGUUCUUGCCUGCCGGAGAGGCUCUCAUGGAGAUGUUAGUCAUCCACUUGCCAUCUCCCAUUACCGCCCAAAAGUACCGUGUUGAGAAUUUGUACGAGGGUCCUAUGGAUGAUGAGUGCGCCAAGGGUAUCGCUGCCUGCGACCCCACUGGUCCUCUCAUGUUGUACGUCUCCAAGAUGGUUCCUACCUCCGAUAAGGGUCGCUUCUACGCCUUCGGUCGUGUCUUCUCUGGUACAGUCCGUGCUGGUCUCAAGGUCCGCAUUCAGGGCCCUAACUACACACCCGGCACUAAGACUGACUUGUUCGUUAAGUCCAUCCAGCGCAUUGUUUUGAUGAUGGGUCGUUAUGUCGAGCCUAUUGAGGACUGCCCUGCUGGUAACAUCGUCGGUUUGGUCGGUAUUGACCAGUUCUUGCUCAAGUCUGGUACCAUCACCACCAGCGACUCUGCACACAACUUGAAGGUCAUGAAGUUCUCUGUCUCGCCUGUCGUCCAGGUUGCUGUCGAAUGUAAGAAUGCUGCUGAUCUUCCCAAGCUGGUCGAAGGUCUUAAGCGUCUCUCCAAGUCCGAUCCUUGCGUCCUUUGCUUUACCUCUGACAGCGGAGAGCACAUCGUUGCUGGUUCAGGAGAGCUUCAUCUCGAAAUUUGCUUGAAGGAUUUGGAGGAAGACCAUGCUCAGAUUCCUAUUCGCAAGUCCGACCCAGUCGUUCAGUACAAGGAAACCGUCAAGGCCGAGUCUUCCAUCACAGCUCUUGCAAAGUCUCCCAACAAGCACAACCGUCUCUUCCUCAAGGCUGCACCAAUUGGUGAGGAUCUCUCUAAUGCCAUUGAAAACGGCAAGAUUAGCGCUCGUGAUGAGUUGAAGGCCCGUGCCCGUGUUCUGUCUGAUGACUUCGGUUGGGACAACCAGGAAGCCCGUAAGAUUUGGGCAUUCGGUCCCGACGGAACUGGACCCAACGUUCUUGUCGAUUUGACUAAGGGAGUUGCCUACCUCAACGAAAUCAAGGACUCAUGUGUUGCUGCAUUCCAGUGGGCAACUCGCGAGGGUGUCUACGCCGACGAACAGAUGCGUGGAUGCCGUUUCAACAUCUUGGAUGUUGUUCUUCACGCCGAUGCUAUCCAUCGUGGAGGUGGACAGAUCAUUCCCGCCUGCCGUAGCGCCAUCUAUGCCUCCGCCAUGGUUGCUGAGCCUGGUCUCAUGGAGCCCAUCUACUUGGUCGAAAUUACUGUCCCUGAGCAGGCCAUGGGUGGUAUCUAUGGUGUUUUGAACAAGCGUCGCGGUCACACCAUUGGUGAGGAACAGCGCCCCGGCACCCCCAUGUACGUCGUCAAGGCUUACUUGCCCGUUGCGGAAUCCUUCGGUUUCACGUCCGAUUUGCGUCAAGCCACCGGAGGUCAGGCCUUCCCUCAAUCUGUAUUCGAUCACUGGGAACUGUUGAACGGAAACGCUGACACAGACCCCAAGCUCGGAGAAUUGAUUCUCAGCAUUCGCAAGCGUAAGGGUCUCAAGGUCGAGAUGCCCAAGCUGGAGAACUUCUUGGACAAGUUGUAAAAUGGAUGAAAGGAAAAUCAAGGACGUUAUUCUCUUGUUGUUGCUUUCAUUUAUUAUAUUCUUUCUUGAUAUCUACCAAUAAUGUCUGUUUAGUUCAAUCUCCAUUUUUUUUUUU